AUGAGGUACAUCUGGGACGAAGGACUGCUGUGGUGCUCCAAAGCCAGCCUGGAACCUGGGAUUGGAUGUAAUGCAGUCAGCUGGGCUCCUGCUGUUGUACCAGGGAGCCUUAUAGAACAACCCUCUGGUCAAAAGCCAAACUAUGUCAAAAGAUUUGCAUCGGGGGGCUGCGACAACCUGGUCAAGAUCUGGAAGGAAGAAGACAGUCAGUGGAAAGAGGAGCAGAAGCUGGAGGCUCACAGUGACUGGGUGCGAGACGUGGCCUGGGCUCCAUCCAUAGGUUUGCCAACCAGCACCAUUGCCAGCUGCUCCCAGGAUGGCAGAGUGUUCAUCUGGACGUGUGACGAUGCCUCUGGAAACUCCUGGUCACCAAAGCUGCUGCACAAGUUCAAUGAUGUUGUCUGGCACGUGAGCUGGUCCAUCACUGCCAAUAUCCUCGCAGUGUCUGGAGGAGACAACAAAGUGACGCUGUGGAAGGAGUCGGUGGACGGACUGUGGGCGUGUAUCAGCGACGUGAACAAGGGCCAAGGAGGGGUGUCUGCGGUGACAGAGGGGCAGCAGAACGAGCAGUGAUGCACGAGGGAGUGCUCCAGCUGUAGCAAGAGAUCCCUGUCCCUGAUUUGCAAUGGUUCUUGAGCUGGAUGAGAACUGAUUUUAUCGAAACUGAACAUGGGAAACAAUUAUCCAAUUUUAUGAGCACUCUAAAGCUAUUACUGGGAGGCUACAAAAUGUUGAUAAUCAGCCUUAAUUGACAUUCCCUUAAAUUUAAGGUAAAGAGCAUGGUAAAGUACUGUGCCUGAUACUACUCCUUGAUGCUGUAGGAAUUAUACCCUGCUUUUCUGGUUUAAGGAUCAAAUUUGAUUGGAUAUACAGUGGUCAGACUUCAAGCAUUUGAGCAGGAACAGGAGGAGACUGUCAAAGGUGUGAGGUGUGAACUCCUUUGUGCAAAGGGACAAAUACUCUGUGCCCUCAAAGGCCAGAACUUUGUUCCCAGUGAGGGGAAGGGCUGGUGGAGUUCUCGGGUUAGCUGGUAGUGUGUUAGCCAGCCCUGCUGGUAGCAGCAAAACGGUGCGAUCUUCCUGAAAAUAACAUGCUUGGCUAAGUGGAAGUCUCUGUGCUUUCCUGAAGAUGAAAAGGAGUAGUGGAAUGCAUAUGUCUUCUGCUUUACAAUGGUCUCAAACUUGGUUAUUUUACCAACAUCAGUAAAUCAAACCAUGGUUUGAAGAUAUUUUUUUUUUAGCCACAUGUCUGUACUGUACCUCAGGUUUGUUUUUUUCUUUGUUGAGAUACCAACAGAAUAAAGUCCUAUUGGUUAAAGCCUGA